AUGAGUGCUGACAAAAGUGUCAAACUGGUCGUUGUGGGGGACGCCUUUGUUGGCAAAACAAGGUCAGUUCAUAAUAUUUUUUACUUUUUGUUGUAAUCUCUGCCACUUCUGCAUUAGUCAUCUUUGAAUAUAUUUUCUGUUCUUCGAUUUCCCGAAGUCUGUUUUAACAAAUGAUUCAUGUAUACAAUUGUGUAAUGACUGCUCUAAUUUCAGUCUCAUUUUCGCUUACACUCAACAGAAAUUCAUCGAAGAUUAUGAGCCUACAGUAUUUCAAAACUACUCCGCCAGUGUGAUACUAGAUCGUCGGAAAGUCAAUCUUAAUCUUUUCGAUACGACUGGCUCCACUCAAGAGAAGUUAGUUCGACUCCGGACACUUUCAUACCCUCAGGCAGAUGUCGUUUUACUAUGUUUUUCAUUGGUGGAUCCACUUUCUCUGGACUCAUGUAGAAGACGAUGGAUCCCGGAAAUACGACGACAUACACAAGCACCCGUUCUUUUGGUCGGGAUAAAGGAAGAUCUGGUCGAAAGAGCACCUCUGGACAAAAGGGUUGACCGAAAACAGGCACUUCGGAUAGCUCAUGAGGUAAGAAAAACAUUACUUUUUAAUUUUUAUAUGGCAGUGCUUACCAUUAAUAAGAAUACGUUAAAAAGGCUGCCUUCAUUUGGGACAGACCAAAAAUCGGUGGUUGAAUUGAGUGCAUCUAGGUUUUUAACAGCUGGACGCUGCUUGGGACUGAAAAAAGAAGAGCGGCUUACGUUUUUACCAAGAGAAUUGAAGUCAGUGCCGGACGUCUUAAGUCGCUAGCAAACCGUUGCAAGUAUCAGUCUGUCGGGAAAAUAACGGCGGAUCGUCGCGCCUCGGAAUCGCCCAUCAUCGCUUUGCGACUGCAAGCCGCGGCAUGGGAUUUGGUGCGCGACAGCGGCGAGGCGAGACAUUUCGCUGCGACAAUCCGCCGUUAUUUUUCCGACAGACGGGUCGUCGCAGCAAAAUGUCUCGCCUCGUCGCAAUCGCGCACCGAAAUCCCAGCCGCGGCUUGCCGUCGCAAAGCGAUGAUGAGCGAUUCCAAGACCACAGUAUUUUCCCGACAGACUGAUAAUAGCUACCAGUCGGAUUAAGGUUGAUGUAGGUUGGAACGGUCGCCAAACCUCCUUUCUUCCCAAAAACUUCAGAAGGCAUGCGGUGGGUCUACUAUAUAGCUCUUCCGGACUGAACCCGGCGACACGCACUGUGAGAAAACAAAGGUGUACCUUGCACUGGGCAAUUUUUUGCUAUUUUCACCGUACAGUAGGCUUUUUUAAGCUGUCGCUCGCACCCUGCCAGAGGCCCUCUAACGUUCUGUCUACUGUUCAGACUCCAAAGAGCAUAAGCGAUUUGGGCUCUUUGACUACUUUUUUGUGUAUCGUUUUUCAGGCGGGGUAGUUUAGUUGAUAGUUGUGAAGUAGCCCAACCCAUCUUCCCCUAAUCUAAACUGGCUGUGGAAAUUUUAUUUGCAUCAAGGGAAUUUUGCCCUAAAUGAAAGGUUAUGAUAAAAACUAAAUGAUGCAGCGAAUAUUAGCUGUUAACUGAUCACAGAUUAAACUUUUCCUUCCCGUUAUUAUUGUGAGAAGUUUUAGAUUGGAUGUCAAAAACUACUGACCUGUUCGGCCCUCACAUUACGCGGUCUAAAACGAGUAUUCGAUGAAGCUUUAAUGUUGGCAUCGAGUGAUCAUCUCGUCGAAUCAAAGCCUCAAACAACCCAAUUUGGAUCAUGCUGUUGCCUCUUUUAA